GUCCUUUUUGAGUAUGCUAGUAUUUGUCUUGGUAGCCUCUGCUGCAACAGAUACUAUUACCCCAAGCCGAUCUAUCAUUGAUAGGGAGACUUUAGUUUCAAGUGACGAAACUUUCGAGUUGGGAUUCUUCAGUCCUGGUAGUUCAACAAAACGUUACCUAGGAAUAUGGUACAAAGUUUCUCCGGAGACUGUCGUUUGGAUAGCCAAUCGAGAGGCUCCUCUUCUCGAUCGUUUUGGAGUUUUAAAUGUCACCAAGGAAGGUACUAUCAUUCUCCUGCAGGAGAAAACUAAGAUUAUUUGGUCAUCAAGUAGAAUAAGAACACCUGAAAAUCCAGUUAUGCAGCUCUUGGACUCCGGAAAUCUUAUCGUAAAAGACGGAAAUGGCAGUGGCUCAGCAAACUUCUUAUGGCAAAGUUUUGAUUAUCCUUGUGAUACCUUACUUCCAAUGAUGAAGCUUGGGAAGAAUUUCAUUACUGGCAUGAACUGGUCACUAUCAUCUUGGAAGAGCCCCAAUGAUCCUGCUCCAGGCCAGUUUUUGGCCUUGAUAGAUCCCAAGGGGUUUCCGCAGCUAGUUGUGAGGAAUGGAAGUGGAAUACUUUACAGAGGAGGGUCAUGGAACGGGGAACGUUUUACGGGGACUCCCGAUCUAAAACAAAUCGAAUCAGCUAAUUUAUUCAAGUUUGAAUUCGAGUUAAAUAGGAAUGAGGUGUACUACAAAGGUGAGCCCUAUCCUGCAUUGAUUUCAAGGUUGUCCGUGAAUCAAUCUGGCUUUUUGGAGCGGUAUGUGAGAACGAAACAAUCGGAGUUGUGGAUGGAGAUCUAUUCUGCUCCUCGAGAUGAAUGCGACUAUUAUGCAGUAUGUGGUGCAUAUGCUAGCUGCAACACAAAUAACCCUGCUGAAUUGUGUGCUUGUUUGGCUGGAUUUGAACCAAAGUAUCCGACAGAGUGGGAUCGUUUGAAAUGGUCUGGCGGAUGCAUUCGAAUGACUACACCGGCUUGCCAAGAUUCCGUCUUUACAAAGCAUAAUGGGUUGAAAUUGCCUGACACAUCAAAUUCUUCUUUCUUCAAAAACAUGAGCCUUAAAGAAUGCCAAGUAGAGUGCUCAAAGAACUGCUCUUGCACGGCCUAUGCAAAUUCAGAUAUCAGAAAUGGAGGGAUGGGAUGCUUGCUUUGGUUCGGUGACCUUAUCGAUAUGAGAAUAUACAUUGACGGUGGGCAAGACCUCUACAUACGGAUGGCCAAUACAACUUCAGGCCGCCUUGUCGUAAGAAAAAACUCAAGUAAAAACAAGGAAGUGGCAAUUAUUGUCAUCCCAAUAGCAAUAAUUGGACUGGUUUGGGGAGGAAUUGUCUUAUACUUGAGAUGGAAGAAACAUACAAAGCAAGUUGAAGGUGGAGAGAAUGAUAUGGAGUUACCAGUAUUUGAUCUAGGCACUAUUGUGAAAGCCACUGAUAACUUCUCAGACAAUAAUAAGCUAGGACAAGGUGGAUUUGGACCUGUUUACAAGGGUACAUUGCGUGAAGGGCAAGAAAUAGCAGUAAAGCGACUUUCGAAAAGUUCUGGUCAAGGAUCGGAAGAGUUUAAAAAUGAAGUCGGAUUGAUCGCGAAGCUACAGCAUCGCAACCUUGUGAGGCUUCUCGGUUGUAGCGUUCAAGGAGAUGAAAAGAUGUUAAUCUAUGAGUACAUGCCAAACAAAAGCUUGGACUACUUUAUUUUCGAUCAAACAAAAGGCAAAAUACUAGACUGGAGAAGGCGAAUGCAUAUCAUCGACGGGAUUGCUCGAGGACUUCUUUAUCUUCAUCAAGACUCUAGACUAAGGAUUAUUCAUAGAGAUCUCAAAGCCAGCAAUGUCUUACUAGACAAUGAUAUGUGCCCCAAGAUUUCAGAUUUUGGCAUGGCAAGAACAAUUUGGGGUGAUCAAACUGAGGCGAACACGAACAAAGUUGUUGGAACCUAUGGUUAUAUGCCUCCUGAGUAUGCUGUAGAUGGACUAUUUUCGAUAAAAUCCGAUGUAUUUAGCUUCGGUGUGUUAGUACUCGAGAUCAUAAGCGGGAAGAAGAACAGAGGAUUCUUCCACCCAGAACACAGCCAUAAUCUUGUUGGACAUGCAUGGAAACUGUUGAUGCAAGAGAAGCCAUUGCAGUUUGUUGACUGUAACUUGGGAGAUUGUUUUGUGUUAUGCGAAGUUAUAAGAUGCAUUCAUGUGGGUCUUUUAUGUGUUCAAAAGCGACCGGAGGAUAGACCGAACAUGUCGUCCGUGGUUCUGAUGUUAGGUAGCGAGAAUCCAUUACCUCAACCGAAACAGCCCGGUUUUUUCACCGAAAGGAAUCUGCCUGAAUCAGAGUCUUACUCAUCAACCCACCAUGAAUUGGCUUCUGUAAAUGGAGUUACCAUUUCGUGUUUAGAGGCACGAUAGAAAACACGAAAUAGCCUUCAAAUUCAAUGGUAUAAUUAUUCACCUUGUCUGUAGUAAGACUUAUUGUGCUUUCUGUAUUACUUAUCGUGCAAGCAAGCAGGUUUGUAUGUAUAAAAUAACUGAACUUACCAUAUGAUGGGUUCAAUAUAUGGAAUUUUCUUGGCAAU